GUCUUCGGUAUUAUUUGUUGCAGCGCUGCUUCCGCGUGUGUCACAUGGCAGGUCCACGCGGAAGAGGCAGCAUCAUGGAGCGCAGCGCGAGCAGCAGCGACCGGCCCACCUGGGGAGAGCCGCUCGAGGCUCUGACGGAUGCGUCCAGGUGCUUUCUGGGGGGGUCGUGCCCCAGCCAAAGGGCUGCGGAUGUGGCUUGCCUGAUAUCUUCCGGGGUGCGUGGACUCGUCCCCGGCGAGGACAGAGCACGUUCUCCAUCUGAGAAUUGCCAUGACAGCAGCGUGGAGCUGACCUGCCUCGCGUUGACUCUGGUGGAGAGGAUCACGUCCAGCCUGCCGUCUCGCAGCCUGUCUCCAGCAGCCACGCGCUACUGCGUGGAGGUCCUGGAGCUGUUGUUUCAAGACAUGGAUCUCAUGGCGCAUCUAAUUGACCGGUUCCAGGCUGAGGACCAGAUCAUCUCUCAUCUAGCUGCAAAGACGGUAUCGACGUGCGUCGUACAUCAGCUCCAGCAGUCGGAUACAAUAAGUCCUGUCUGGCAGCAGAAGUGUGUGCAGGCAUUUUACAGCUCAGCCCCCGGUCCUGAAUUGGAUGCUUGUCUGUGGUCAUUGACUGAAAUCUUAAAAAGACUUCUUAAAGGAGCUCAUCAAGACGUCUUUGGGAAACUUCUGGCAGCUCUUGACUUGAGCCUGAGUGCUUUAUGCUCAAAGUUUCUCCCUGGAGAGAGAAAAGAGGGAACACAGUGUUUGGUGGAUCUUACCAGCAGCAGACGCUGGGGAACCGCCUCGUGUCUCCUGCUGGACCUGCUGGAGGUGCUGACUGCAUCCAGUGUGAUACGUGGAGCUGGUGUCUGUCUGAAGAGUCAGAGGAUAACUCACCUCCACUCCUCAGCACUGCUGACAUCAGUCAGCUGCUCAUCACAGUAUUUUGUCAAAAAGCGAGUGCUUCUGCUUCUGAAGAGAGCGGUGCUGCAGAAGGCAGGAGAGGACUGGGCUUUAGGAGACGUGCUGUGCACGGGGCUCAGAUACCAGCACUUCCAUGCUGAUAUGAACACGCUGGCUCAAAGUGUGUUAACAGCAGUGGCUACUGAUUGGUUGCAGAGUGUUCAAGUGGACUCUGCUUCUUUCUUUGGGGGGACCAGACAUGUCAAAGGUGAGGAAGGCCAGAAACCAGACUGUGUGAUGCUGAGAGCUGUCAGCCUGCUUCUUCUCAAGUCCAUGGAGCUUCACAUCCAAUCAGCUGGGGCAACAGCAGGAGUGGGCAGUGCCACAGAGGUCUAUGGGUAUCUGCAGAGUCUGUGGGGCUUCCUGAGGCGGUGCAGUGUCCAGCUGACAGAGGUCACUCACCGCUGCUGCUGGGUCAGCCUGCUGUUUGGGGACCAGGACGAUGACAUGAUGGAGGCAGCCAAAGCUUUGUUUUCCAUAUUCAUCCAUCACAGACUGUGUUCUGGCUUGGAUGACUCUGCUGUGUUGGAGGCAGCCUGUGCCUCUGGCUGUAACCCUCACUGCCACUUCCUGCUGCUGCUUCAGAGCAUAUCAUUCGACCACAGCAUCCUCCUUGACUUCCUGAUCUCCACCGAAACCUGCUUUCUAGAGUACUUUGUGCGGUACCUCAAGUACCUCAGAGCUGACUGGCGGGGCUUCACUGCAGCAUGUGGAAGAAUCAGCUUGACAGGCGGUCAUCGUUCACUGCAGCAGUCACUAACUGGUGAUGGUGACAUGUUGAAGGUGACCGAUAAAGGUGAGCCUGAUCGAGUCGAAGUCAGCGCCUGUGUCCAGCCCACAGGUGUUAUUUCCCCAGUGGGAACCCUCCGUUUGGCUGCUGGGUUUCACCUUGUCGAGUACGAUAGCUCUGACCAGUCUGAUCCAGAGAACAUGGAGGUUUCUCAGGAGGAACCGGGACCAUCUGUAAGUGAGAAAAGUAGAUUUAGUGCCUUGGAUGUGAAACAAAAGAUUAGUGGAUCACCCAUGCCUAUCGGGCAACAACAAUAUGAGUCAUCGGUCUCCAAACCUAUGUGCACACUGGAAAGAAGACAGGAAGGGCCAUCACUGCCCGUGCUGCAGAGUGAGCAAACGUCAUGUCCAACCAUGUGGGGACGGCUGCCCUGUGAAACAUUAGCCAGAGCAGAGCUCUGUAUGUCAGAGCUCAGAGAGGUGGUGACGAGGCUGCAGACACGGAAACUCUUCCCAUACAACCCUUCCUCACUCUUAAAGCUCCUAGCACAAGUAGAGAACUGUUCCUAGCAAACACAUCUGGUACUUAAGAAAUUAUAAAGAUAUAUCAAUUAUGUUUUGUGAAGCUAAAUCCAAGUGGUCCAGUGUCUGUUAGUUAAUUCACUCUAUUUUUAAACAUGCACAGGUCCGAAAUACACACAUGCACAAACGGGACCAUACACAUGCAUUCAUGUUUGUACUGUCGGAAUAAAAGGAAACUCAAUAAAAACCUAGAAGAGC